UCCCUUAGCUCGGUUGGAAUAAUAAUAACAAUGAAGUUCGCUAUUGCCUUGUGCCUGCUUUUGGCCACCAGUGGUUUUGCCCUGGUUCCCAAGCAUCCCGCCGAUCUGGCUUCUAUGCUGAGCCGCCAGCAGUUCGCCGUGCGCUCCUUGAUGGCCGCUCCCGAGGCCCGGGAUGACUCGAACCUGGUUGCCGACUGUUUCAACCACUACUUGGAUGACCAGACCAAUGUUAUCAUGGGCUACAACCAGCAGUACACCGGCUGCCUGAGGACCGCCCAGACGGGUCGGGACGAGCUCACUAGCCAGAGUGCCUCGGAGCGAGAGGCUCUUCUGUAUCGCACCAACAACAUGUGCUCCAGCCUGACCAAGUGCGAUGAUUUCGCAGAUGGCCUGGCGUUCUUCGACUGCUACCGCAAUGCCUCUUCCGACAGCUACAAGGUUAUGUUUACCCUGAACAGUGAUUCUAGCCUGGACUACAACAGCAUCAGUGCCAAAUACACCGUGAUCGAGACCGAUCUUACCGCCUGUGUGGACUUGGCUCGUGUGGAUUAUGCCCACGAUAUGGACACCUGCGACGAGAAUCUGACCACCUGCCUUAACGGAGGAGAAGUUCAGUCCACAUCUGCUCCGUCCACUACAGCUCCCACUACCGCAGCUCCGACCGCCGCUGCUCCCACUACCGCAGCUCCCACCACCGCUGCUCCCACUACUGCAGCUCCGAUCACAGCUGCUCCCACUACUGCAGCUCCGAUCACUGCUGCUCCCACCACUGCUGCCCCGAUCACUGCUGCUCCCACCACUGCUGCCCCGAUCACUGCUGCUCCCACCACUGCUGCUCCCACCCCAGCUGCUUCCACCACUGCUGCUCCCACCACUGCUGCCCCGAUCACUGCUGCUCCCACCCCAGCUGCUUCCACCACUGCCGCUCCCACUACUGCAGCUCCGAUCACAGCUGCUCCCACCCCAGCUGCUUCCACCACUGCUGCUCCCACCACUGCUGCCCCGAUCACUGCUGCUCCCACCCCAGCUGCUUCCACCACUGCUGCUCCCACUACUGCAGCACCGAUUACAGCUGCUCCCACCCCAGCUGCUUCCACCACUGCUGCUCCCACCACUGCUGCCCCGAUCACUGCUGCUCCCACCCCAGCUGCUUCCACCACUGCUGCUCCCACUACUGCAGCUCCGAUCACAGCUGCUCCCACCCCAGCUGCUCCCACCACAGGUGUUCCCACCACCGAGCGGUCACCAGAGGAGGAUCUCGGCAGAAAUGCUCCCACUACAGCUCCCACUACCGUUGCUCCGACCCCCCCUGGCCCUGAAAGCACAUUACCGUCUUUUUCAGUUGAGGUCCUCGGCAGAUCUGCUCCCUUGGCAAAGAAGGGAGUUUGGAACCUAUUGAAGCGCUUUUUUUAA